UGGUCGAAGGAUUAGCUCUGCUGGAUUUAGGGGUCUCACCGUAUUCUGGAGCUAUUUUUCAUGAGACCCCAUUGAUAAUAUAUCUAUUUCACUUCCUGAUUGAAUACGCUGAAUUGGUGUUCAUGAUAACUGAUGUGCUAACUGCUGUUGCCCUUUACUUGGCCAUUCAGGACUUCAACAAAGUUGUGUUCAAAAAGCAAAAGCUCCUCAUAGAACUGGAUAAAUAUGCACCCGAUGUGGCUGAACUCAUCCGGACGCCCAUGGAAAUGCACUACAUCCCCCUCAAGGUAGCACUGUUCUAUCUGUUAAACCCCUACACUGUGAUGUCUUGUGUGGCAAAGUCCACCUGUGCCAUCAACAAUACUGUCAUCGCAUUCUUCAUUUUAGCCACAAUAAAAGGUAGUGCCUUCCUCAGUGCUGUGUUCCUGGCCUUAGCAACAUACCAGUCACUCUACCCUCUCACAUUGUUUGCUCCAGCGCUCCUUUACCUUCUACAGCGUCAGUUCAUACCAGUAAAACUGAAAAGCAAAAGCUUCUGGCUCUACACCAUGCAGUAUGCAGCCCUGUACCUGUGCAGCCUGGUGGUGAUCAUCUGCCUUUCCUUCUUCCUCCUCAACUCCUGGGAUUUUAUCCCAUCUGUUUACGGGUUUAUCCUUUCGGUUCCAGAUCUGACACCCAAUAUUGGCCUUUUCUGGUACUUCUUUGCAGAGAUGUUUGAGCACUUUAGUCUUUUCUUUGUAUGCGUGUUUCAAAUCAAUGUGUUCUUCUACACCGUUCCCUUGGCAAUAAAGCUAAAGGAACACCCCAUGUUCUUCAUGUUUGUCCAGCUUGCAAUCAUUUCUAUCUUCAAGUCCUAUCCCACUGUAGGGGACGUUGCACUGUACAUGGCCUUCCUUCCAGUCUGGAGCCACCUUUACAGAUUCCUCCGGAACAUCUUCAUCCUGUCAUGCGUGCUCAUUGUCUGCUCCUUCCUGUUCCCCGUGCUGUGGCAUCUAUGGAUUUAUGCAGGAAGUGCCAACUCCAAUUUUUAUUAUGCCAUCACGUUGACUUUCAACGUAGGGCAGAUCCUGCUCAUCUCGGAUUAUUUCUAUGCCUUCCUCCGGCGGGAGUACUACCUCACUCACGGACUCCAUUUGACAAGGCAAGAUGGGACAGAGGCCAUGCUUGUUUUGAAAUAG